AUGCCACCUAUAGCAAACUCUGCUGCUCCGGCAGCUUCAGACCCAGUCCCUGAACAGCGAGCACCGCCACAGCUCAAGUCGAAGGUUGCAUUUUCGAUCUUCUUCGCGGCGAAUGUGAUUGCUGCUAUCUUCGCGCCGAUCCAGGAUUGCGAUGAAGUCUUCAAUUACUGGGAACCCACUCAUUACCUCAAUCAUGGACAUGGCCUACAGACAUGGGAAUACUCACCUCAAUACGCCAUCCGGAGCUGGGCAUAUACAGGCAUGCAUGCCGCCAUCAUAGAAAUUGGACGUCUGCUGCCAUUUUUAAACAACAAGACCUCUCAAUUCUAUUUUCUUCGAAUUGUCCUGGGUAUCUUCUGCGCCUCGUGCGAGACGAAGCUGUUCUCCACCAUCUCUAAGACUUUAAAUCCGCGCGUCGCCAUCUUCUUUCUUAUGGCCAUAAUAUUCAGCCCUGGGAUGUAUCACGCUUCGAUAGCAUAUUUGCCCUCCAGCUUCGCCAUGUAUACGACAAUGCUUGGCUUCUCAGCGUUCAUGAAUUGGAGCGGUGGUAUGCGGACAGCUCAGGGUAUCUUCUGGUUCGCAGUGGGCAGCUUACUUGGUUGGCCCUUCGCUGGUGCUCUCGUUUUCCCCUUCAUCUUUGAAGAGCUAUUCUUGGCAGUCACUACCGGACAGCUUGUUGCAGGGAUCAAAAGACUACUCGAUGGUUUCUUCCGUUCUCUGUGUGUUUUGCUCGUUCAACUUGUCAUCGACACGUACUUCUACAGAAAAAUCGUAUUUGUGCCCUUGAACAUUGUACUGUAUAAUGUCUUCAGUGGCGGGAGCAGAGGUCCUGAUAUCUACGGUGUUGAGCCGUGGCACUUCUACAUCAGAAAUCUAGCCCUCAACUUCAAUUCCUGGUUCUUCUUAGCAAUGGCUGCUCUUCCUCUACUUUUGCUCCAGCACUUCACUUCGAGAUCGAUAUUCUCUCACCAAGCGCUUAUUCGCGGAAUCGUCUUCCUCACACCUUUUUACUUAUGGCUUGCGAUAUUUACGCUACAGCCACACAAGGAAGAAAGAUUUAUGUAUCCGGCUUAUCCUGCGCUGGCAUUGAAUGCGGCAACGUCACUUCACAUCAUACUCGCGAACCUCGGCUCCACGGAUCCAAAGAGUCUGUUCAGCAAGAUACCUGCUCGAUUGAAGCUCCUCAUGGUCAGCGCAUUCGUUCUAGCGACAUUCAACAUCGGUGCACUACGAACGAUUGGCACCAUGACAGCAUACUCUGCUCCACUCAGCGUGUACAAACCGCUACAGCAGGAAAGCUUUGCGCAACAACGUGGUUUCAUCUGUUUGGGCAAAGAAUGGUAUCGCUUUCCGUCGUCUUAUCUCCUACCGGAAGAUACCCGACCGAGAUUCAUCAAGAGCGAAUUCUCUGGGCUGCUGCCUGGGGAGUUUUUUGAACAUAGAUCGGGCUACGCUACGUUCGAUGGUGCGUACCUUAUGCCGACCGGCAUGAACGACGAGAACAUCGAAGACCCGGGAAAAUAUACUCACAUUGAUAACUGUAACUACCUCGUCGAUUCGCGUCUUCCAAGCGUCUCUGCCACAGAGAAGGAGCCUGAUUACAUGGCUGAUACGAAGACCUGGGAAAAGGUCGCCUGCCAAACGUUCUUGGAUGCAAGUGCUACAUCAACAAUAGGCCGCCUGAUCUGGGUACCGGAUUGGCCAAUCAUACCAGCACGCUUUCGCCGGACGUGGGGUGAAUACUUAUGGACACCCAUGGAUUUCAAGCGACCCCCCGCAACCCCUUAUCCCGAAUGGUCCCUUACCGAUACCAAGCCCCUCCCCUACCGCCCUUUCCGCUACGGCCCAAAAUACAACAUCACCCUCGGCCUGCGCAACAUGAAGUGGGACGAGUGGAUCGAGCUCGACAACCAUUACAUGCGGUACCACGCGGACAAAGCGCGGCGCAUUGCAGAGCGCGGAUCCAAAUGCUGCCACACGGCGCCAGAGGCGUUCGACGGUGCGAUAGAGCUGCUAGAGGAGCUGUGCGAUUAUUUGCCGCAGAGAUAUCCGAGUUUAUAUAGGAAGACGGACGUGGGGAUCGAUAACAUUGUGACCGGCGAGUCCUUCAACAUCAUCGAGCGACCGCUCGCAGAAGACCCCAUGGCCAUCGCCGCGCGCCUCGUACAGGACGAUCUCGCCAUCAUGUUCGAAAAGUCAGACGGACAAUACUACCUGCUCGCGGGCGCCAUCCUCCUCGCCGGCUUCUGGCGCCUCUCCGACAAAUUCGGGAUGCCCCUGUCUGAAAUCCACACCUCAGGCGACGUCCCGGGCUACAAAGACAAGCUUGAAAAAUCCAUGAUGAAUUUCUUCCGCAGAGUGCAGCCGGAGAAUCCGGUGCUGAGGAAUAACUACUUCAUUCAGGUGGAUGAUGAUUUGGCGUGGAGUAAUAGUAUUGGAGAUGAGGAUAGCGAGGGGAUAGGGUGGUAUACUGCGGAGAAGAAUAAGGCGAUUGAGCAUCAUAUGUUUCGUUCGGAACGGCAGAGUCUGAGACGCCUCCCCCGCUCCGGCGGCGUUGUCUUCACCAUUCGCACGUACUUCCUUCCCAUCACGGAGAUCUGUGAGGAGCCGUACGUGCCUGGGCGGCUGGCUAGCGCGGUGCGCAGCUGGGGCGAUGAUGUCAGUAAGUACAAGGGCAAGGAAAGGUAUGGGGAGGUGCUGCUGGAGUAUUUGGACAAGAAGCAUGAGGAGCAGGUAGCGAACGGGCUGGACUUGGAGAAGGAGGAGGAGGUCAGGGCUUAUCCUUUUUGA